UGUGUGUGUGUGUGUGUGUGUGUGUGUGUGUGUGUGUGUGAGACAGGAUGAUGUCGGGGACAGAGCAGAGACCUCCGGAGACUCUUUUCUCUCCGCUCCAACCAGGACACCCUGCAGGAGACACAGGUUCUUCUGGUCCUGAUGAUCUCUUCGAGGAGGACUGUUACUCUCCGUCCUCUCUGUCCUCGUCCUCCUCGGCGUCUGUCCCCACCGUGGUGUCUCUGCCGGGGAAGACUCUGUGUUCGUCCUGCGGCCUGGAGAUCCUGGACAGAUACCUGCUGAAGGUGAACAACUUGUGUUGGCAUGUCCGCUGUCUGUCCUGCAGCGUCUGUAACACGUCACUGGGACGACACGUCAGCUGCUUCAUCAAGGACAAACAAGUCUUCUGUAAACUCGACUACUUCAGGAGGUACGGGACCCGCUGUGCUCGUUGUGGCCGUAACAUCCACUCCGGUGACUGGGUGCGGAGGGCCCGGGGCAGCUCCUUCCACCUGGCCUGUUUCUCCUGCUGCUCCUGUAAGAGGCAGCUCUCCACCGGGGAGGAGUGUGGCCUCCUGGAGAACCGGGUGUUCUGCAGGCCGCAUUAUGACGUCAUGAUGGAGAACAUCAAGCGGGCCAAGGAGAACGAGGAAUCAAAGUUAGAGGAAGAUGUUUCGGAGAAAGACGAGUGCAGCUCGAUGCCCAGACCUGCUAAGAGAGCCAGGACCAGCUUCACUGUGGACCAGCUGCAGGUGAUGCAGACUCAGUUUGCUAAAGACAACAACCCAGACGCUCAGACCCUCCAGAAGCUGGCGGAGAGGACCGGGCUGAGCCGAAGAGUCAUUCAGGUUUGGUUUCAGAACUGUCGAGCUCGUCAGAAGAAGUACAUCAGCCCAAACUCCGCCUCCUCCACCUUGAUGACAUCACUGGCUCCUGGUCAGCUGACUCCGCCUCUGAUGGAGGAUCUGCAGUACACCACCUACCUUUCUCCUGAUGCUCCGCUCCUCACAACGCUCACUUAUAUGGACGUCCAGAGUCCAGACCCUCUGAUGCUUCAGCCGCUCGUAUCCCAUUCGCUGACACAGCUGCCAGUCAGCCACGCCUGAGCUAGAGCCCGCCUCCCAAACCCAAGGCAGACCGUGAUUGGCUGAUGGGAAGAAGAUGAUGAUGAUGAGCACCAUUUACUCUUUAAUCAAAAGCUCGUAUGAAGAUUGGAAGACUUUAAUUCAAACUGUCCAAACAGUAAACGAUGAGUUUAAUUUUUCACGGCCUUGUUAAUUAAUUUCAUCCAAUUAUACAGAUUCAGAGGUAAGAAUCUGAUUUGUCAAGUGAUUUAUAUGUGAGAUGAUAAAACUUUUGUUAAUAUGUAUAUGUAAUGCAUUUAUUUGUGUUUAAUUUAUUUGGAGAAUAUGAUGAGAUAAGUCACUUUGUUGGUGUAAAACUGAGUGUCGGUUUGGUUUUCAGUUUGGUUAUUUAAGGAUGUUUGAGGAUAAUGAAAUGGUCAGAAGACACAGAGAGAGUUUGGGGCGAUUCUCCUCCGUAAAGACGACUUUCUUCAGUUUAUUCUGCUCAUGAAGACACAUAGAUUCUCCUUAUUAACUCUUCAAUCUGUUUCAUCUUCUCAAAACAUCCACAUGUCUGAUUUUGGAUAAAGAUGCCUUUCAGUAGAUAAGAUUCAGUGUUAAGCACAGAUUAAAAAGUGAUAGAAGCAGAUGUUUGAAGUGCACAUGGGGGAUGGAUUCACAUUACAUGUUACUGGAAUUAAAGUUCAUGGCUGCAACAAAAA